CCUAACUUCCCACGCCCCAUCUCCACGAAAACAAAAGAACCUCGGUCACUCUCUCGCAGAAGCACAUACACACAGAGGGAGCGGCUCUCAGCUUCAGGGUCUUACACUGUCACCUCUCUACCUCACUCGCUCGCCUCCGUCUGUGUCGUCCUUGUGUUGGCUCCCUCCUCUGCUGGCUCUGCUCUGCUCGUGCGGCCACCUCUCCUCUUCGGUGGCCUGCCCUCUGCAACGGUGGAACGCCCCCACCCGUACCUGAUUGCCGACUUUGGUUCUGCUUCUGGCCUUCUGCAGUGUAGAGCCCACGCCAGAGACGCAGUGGCCCUCUUCCGACAAGGUUGAAGGUGCGGAAUUGAAGACUGGUUCAUGAUCCAAUACGUAACUGCAACAAGUAGGGUUUGAAGAGGAGAAAGCAUUGGAUAAGAUUGAAUGGCAUAUAAUGCAAAGCUGGAAGAUGAAACCAAAAACCAGGGAGCCAAGCACAACAACAAGAAGCGGAAGCAAGUUUUCCCAUACGGCAACUACAGGAGCUACUAUGGCUAUCGAAUUGGUCAAGAUGUUGAUGAAGAUCCUCGGUUGAAAGUGUUUAGGAAGGAGUGGUUUGAAGAUAAAGAGUGUCUUGAUAUUGGUUGUAACAAUGGGAUAAUCACCAUCCAGAUUGCACAGAAAUAUGGCUGCCGGCACAUUCUCGGGAUUGACAUUGAUUCUGAUCGAGUUGAGGAUGCAUAUUGGAAUCUGAGAAAAGCUGUUAGAUUGAAAUCUACUGGAAAUAAGCGUGCAAAGCCUUCCAAAUUUGAGGACAAGGAUCAUGCAGAUAAUUCAGAGGACAAGGACCAUGCAGAUAAUUCAGAGAACAAUGCUACUGUUUCAUCAAAUGAAGAUGCAAAAGGAAUUUCGAAAGAUAUGCCGUCUUCAGAGCAAAGUGAUCUAUUUGCUAUUGUUUCAUUUAAACGUGAAAAUUUUGUUCAGAGUCGGCACCCACCAGGAAAGAAGUAUGAUACAAUUCUUUGUUUGAGUGUUACAAAAUGGAUACACCUCAAUUGGGGGGAUGAGGGCUUAAUCAAAUUAUUUGCAGAGACUUGGAAUCUGCUCCGACCAGGUGGUGUUCUUGUGUUGGAACCUCAGCCAUGGAAGUCAUAUGAAAGCAAUCGUCUUGUCUCAGAGACGACUGCUGCCAACUACCGGAGUAUUACAAUUCGUCCUGCAGAUUUCCAGGAAAUACUGCUAGAUAGGAUUGGAUUUAGAACAGUGGAACAUGUUAACUCAGGUAUGACUGAUAGCAAGACUGGUUUCAAUAGACCAAUUUUGGCUUUUCGGAAAUGACCAUGCACGAGGUCAGGUGCAGAGUAAAUGUGAAGCCCAAAGAGAAUCAACAUUUUGCAUAUUUUGAGACAUCAAAGCUUGCAUUGGGAUGCAGCUUCUGUGAAUAUAAGCGGUGAAGCUAAUUUUGAGUUAAAAGGGGGCUUUUGAAUGUAGAAAAUGAAAACAGACGUGUUUUCUGGCUGCUAGUUUCACUAUACUAUACAGUUUUUGCCGUAGAUUUGUAAGGUGCAUGGUACACUUUAAUUUGUAAUGUGCACAGUAGGAACACUCAUCUUAAUUUAGUCCAAUGUUUACAUUUUUACCUACUUUUCACUAUGUUAGCAUCAUUGGGCAAGGAUAGAUUUUGCCGGGGAGAUUCGAAAGAAGGGACAUAUUUGAUUUUCAUUCA